ACCAAGAACCUUCGAAGUUUUGUCAUCUCAACUCAGGCUUUGAAGUUUACAUCUUCUUCCUACUUCUAAUAUUCCUCUGAGGUCCUUAACACUAUCUGGCUGCUGAGAAAAUGUUUCUGAGACGAGCUGCGGCUGCUUUGCACAGGAGAAUCCCUUUUCCUUCCCAAACUGUCGCUGCUUCUCGCUAUGCAAAAAUCGCCAAUGCGUCCUCCGCUUCGCUCUCAAGUAAAAUGGAACACUUGAAUCAAUAUGGUUCUGAAGGUUAUACUUGGAGGGGACAUCACAAGGAUAUUUGGCUAUGGAUUUUUAUCUCUGGACAUGCUGCAUUAGUUCUUGGGCUAAAUGGCCAACCUGUGUUAGCAGAAGAUGUUUCAAUUGAAUCGAGUUCUGAAAAUGACAUUGGAGGGGCUAAUGCAACUGGCUUACGCAGAAUUGAGGAUGGGUCUGUGAUAUCAAAUAUGCAUACAUCUAAGUGGAGAAUUUUUACGGAUCAAGGAAGGGAGUUAUUCCUGCAGGGGAAACUAGAGGAAGCUGAAAACUUCUUCCUCUCUGCUUUACAAGAAGCUAAAGAAGGUUUUGGGGUGAAGGAUCCACAUGUUGCAUCUUCAUGCAAUAAUCUGGCAGAACUAUAUAGAGUUAAAAAGUUAUUUGAUAAAGCAGAACCGUUGUAUUUGGAGGCCAUUAACAUACUGCAGGAAUCAUUUGGACCUGAAGAUAUACGGAAUGCUUUGGAAAUGUUAUUAUCUAAAGGAUGUGUUAUUGGUAGGGUGGGUAUUGACAUGGAAGCUAAAGAGAAAGAAUGUUGUUUACUGUGCAAAACUGAUGCAGGAGCAUUCAAGAAGUAUGGCCAAACCACCAUAGUGUAA